AUGGAGGCAGAGCAGAAAAACCCUGAGAUAGGAAGUGAAAUGGAUGACAUGACCAUGAUAGAGCACUGUGAAGUAUAUGAAUGGGCAGUGUAUGAGAAAAUAAAUCCACGGCAAGCAUUUGCUGUGGACCGAGUACACAGGGACAAACCCUUGGACCUUGUCGAUAAAAAUGUGGAAAGUUAUGACAAGUUGCCCGGCUCUUAUCGGCUUGCUGACAAGACAUCACGAAAAAAGGGGUGUUUAACAUUAUUAUAUAGGGCUCCGAGGGAUGUGUUUGAUAACACAGGGCCCUAUACUAUUUUCCCAGAGGGUGCCUUUCCUGAUGGCUGCCCGGUUGUAUACUCCAAGCGAUGCAGGUCUGAGACAGAGAAGGGUGGUGUGAAAGUGGAAGCACCGACACCCAUGGCAGUAUCAGAGGGUGUGGAGCGUAUGAAAAUAAGAGAGUCUGGCCCUCUCACAAACUAUAGUCCUCAGACCGUUGUGGUAGCAAAGACUAAAUACCCAAAGCUGAAGGUUUUCUCAGGGAUGGCCCCUGUCCCUGAGGGAGAGCAGGAGUUUGAGGAAUGGCAAGAAGCUGCUAUCCAAAUGAUAGAAGAAUGCCCCUGCUCAGAGAGGGAGAAAAAGAUUAGGCUAACUGAAAAUCUGCUUCCCCCUGCUAGCCGAGUGGUAAAGAUGUUUUGCAAAGCCCACCCUGACGCUUCAGUUAGAGACUGUUUAAGGGCGCUAGAGGAUGUAUAUGGUACCUGUGACAAUCCUCACACCUGGCUUCAUAUGUUCCAAAGUUUGAAGCAGAGAGAGGGAGAGGAUAUUUCAGCCUUUAUUAAAAGAUUGGAAGAUGCCUUGUGGAAGUUGGUAUCUAAGAAUAUAAUUACUAUUGCUGAGGUAAAUGAAAAAAGGAGAAAUCAGCUCAUGUAUGGGAUGUUAGGAGGACAUCCGGUGGCCACUGAACUGCGUAUAAUGUAUCGCCAUGGGUCACCCCCUGCCUUAAGUGAGCUUAUGAGUAAGGUGAAGGAACAGGAGGCUGAACUCAGAUACCUCUCCCAUUCAGCCAAAGCCAAAGCUCUACCUCCUCUCCCAGGAAGUCAAUAA